UCCUUUAGCUUCAUUGCUUAUCUCGUUCCGCUAAAUAUCGACAUUAGGCCAGGGGUCAGUGUUUCCUCUGUUUCUUGGUGUUAACAUUGGGAUGCUGACCUUCCUGUGUAACAUAAAAUAGGGUUCUAUUCAGUUAAAGCAAAUACUGAACCCAUAUUAAUUAAUCUUCACUGCUUCGCUACGGCCCAAUGAACGGAGCAGCAUUCCCCUCUCCAACUGCAGAAAUGGCAGAAAUCAACCGCAUCCAGUACGAGAUUGACUACACAGCAGGCAUUAGCCAGAGCAUGAGGAUCCCAGAGAAACUCAAAAUAGCGUCAUCAGGUGGUGAGGCACGCCAGGACGGUUCAGGGGAGACGCACUAUCGUAAUGCCAUGAUGCACGUUCCUGAGAGGAUUGUAGUGUCAGGUGACCAAGAAGAUGGCCAGUAUUCCAGACCAAGAGAUCUUGACCUGAUUCAGUCUACUCCCUUAGAGUCACUGGCAUUGAAAACACCGCCUCGCGUUCUCACGCUCAAUGAGAGACCUCUGGAUUUUCUGGAUUUGGAGCGAUCCGUGACUCAGACCCCUCAGAAUGAAGAGGCAUCUGUUGAGGAGGUGCGAACUCAGGGUCGUGUGAAGAGGGAACGCUCUAUGAGUGAAAACGCUGUUCGUCAGAAUAGCCAGAUGGUCCGAAAUGACUCCAUUGUGGCACCGUCUCCCUUGAUUCAGCCUCGUCUCUAUCCUCUUACUUCGGCGGAUGAUGGACGAAACCCUUACACUGCUCGUGGUGUUUUGUCUCUAAUCCAGUCCACAACCCGUAGGGCUUACCAACAGGUCAUGGAAGUGCUGGAUGAAAACCACAGAAGUAGACCAGUGUUGCGUGGAGGGUCAGCUUCUGCCACUUCCUCUAACCCUGUGCACGACUCCAGAAGUGGCCUUUCAACUUUAGAUUCAACAUUGGAAGGGACUUCGGAUGAUUUGACAGUUAUGGAUGCUACUUCCUUACGAAGACAGAUCAUUAAACUAAAUCGUCGUCUUCAGCACCUAGAAGAAGACAACAAAGAACGCGGCAAAAGGGAAAUGAUCAUGUACUCCAUCACCGUGGCAUUUUGGCUCAUCAAUAGCUGGAUGUGGUUCAGACGCUAGGAGUCUCGCUGUACUACCAAAAAUAAGCGACUUAUUUUAAAAGGCAUUUAUUUGUUUUGAAGUGUAAAAGACUUGCAACAUUUAUUUUCUUUCUGCACUUGGUCCAAACACUGGAAACAACUCCAAAAAGUACAAAUAGGAAUUGUCAGGGCAAAGGGACAUUCAAACUAUUUUGUUUUGUAUGUAUGCAAAUAUUUUUUAUUACUUUUUUUUUUUUUUUUUACAUUAGGCAAAUUCCUAUGGACAUUUAACUAAGCAUGUUUUUGGUGUAAAUAUUCCUAAAUUUAUUUGCAGAUUAUUUUUAGUGGUAUAUAGAGUAUGUCAACUUGUAAAAUAGAACACAAAAAUAAAGUAAUCAAUUCACUAAGACACAAGGACACUGCACUAUGUGAAAAUGUAUAAAGAGCUUGAGUAGUAUGUGUGAAGAAAUAUAUAAUAUUUAAAGUGAUUUGUGCUACUAUUAUUGUGGGGACGUUUCUGAUGGCUGUGGACCCAUUUCUUCCCUUCUGCACCGAUUUUAUUGUUACACUAUAUAUAAUUUAAUGAUUGCAUUUUAUGGUUAAAAAUAAAGAUUUGUAUAUUCGUUCACUGUUUUACAUUUCACCACAUUGAAGUAAAUAGUUGAAACCUUGUGCAGUGGUACCAAUAUAAAACCACAGGUAAUUGUGAUGCAUGAAAUAUCGAUACCUUUAGACUUGCCCCUUGUACUUAGAUUUCCAGGUAGAUUUUUUUUAUUAUUAUUAUUUAUUACACUUUUGCACCCUUUCAAUAAAUGGUACCUGUAGUUCAAUUA